UCUAGUCUGGCGCUCCUUCCACUCUUCCCCAAUAGGCAAAGGCUGUGUUUGAGUGCGCAACGGCUACCCGAUACGCGCCCGGCAUCUUGAAUAAGAAAGUCUCACUGUGAACCGACGGAAUAGACAGGAACGUUUCAGGAGAACAAAUAUUGAAAGGAAAACGACAUACAGUGCUUUUUACAGAAUUACAGUUGGUGGUGAUUGAAGUUUGAAGACAUGAGGAUUCUACGAGUUGCGCUCCUGCUCGUCCAUGCCUUUGUGGUCUCGAGGUUGGCAAGUGGAGCUGUGGUGGACAGGUAUGAGGGUGAGAGGUCGCAGCACACAGCAGUUAUAAACCUGUUGGAUGUCCUGAGCGACAGGAGGAUGGAGGGAGGGAUGGAGAAGAGUAAGCACGGAGUGGAGGGUCCAGUGUUGGAGGAGGAUGGAAGCGAGGAAGAGGAAGAGGAGUACUAUGAUUACUACCAUGAAGACGACGAAGAUGCAUCAGGGGACUAUGGGGUGGAAUUACCUCGAGUUGCAUUGUCGACUAAACCUAAAGACCCAUCGACCAUCUUGGAAGCUGAGAGGAGUGAAGGGAAGAGAAGGAGAGGUGGAAAGGGGAGGAAGAAGGGAAAAGGAAAAAAGAGGAACCCUUGUCUGAAGAAGUAUAAGAACUUCUGUAUCCAUGGCAGCUGUCAUUACCUGAGGGACAUCAAAGCUCCAUCAUGCAUAUGUCGUCCCAGUUACUCUGGGGAGCGGUGUCACCUGUUCACGCUGGCUUCAGAGGGGAGGGACGUGGGAGGAUACAGCCGGACCACAGCUCUGGCUGUGGUGGCAGUGGUGUUGUCUUCUCUCUGUCUAACCAUCAUAGGCCUGCUGCUGGUGCUCAGGUUUCAUAAGCGAGGAGCGUAUGACGUAGAGAAUGAGGAGAAGGUCAAACUGGGGUCAGCACCCAACCACUGAAGAGCUGGAGAGAAGGGACAGGAUAGGGAAAUUCUACCUCAAAAUAGAAAAGAAGAAGUGUAAAAAAAAGCCAAGAGUGAACCCAGAGAGACUUGGAAGGUAUGGAAGAGAAGGGGGACUGGAUGGGCGUGACCUGUACAUAUAGCCCCAUCCCUUCUCACUGAUGGACAGAUGUGAUUGGGUAGCUCAGGAUUCUGAGGUAGUCCCUGCCACCUAUCAGGAGAGAGCCUGCCUAAAACUGGAACUCUGAUUGGCUGGGAGAAAAGACUGAAGUGGUGAUGAGCAUAUGGAAGCUGAGAGGAAAAGGAGGAAUGUUUCUGGGCCCGUAUCCACAAAGCAUCUCAGAGAAGGAGCCUUAAGAUCAUAAUGAAUAAGAUUAUAUGAACAGACCUUAGAUCAGCACUCCUUCUUUGAGAUGCUUUGUGGAAACGUCCCUGGACUCAGUGCUGCUUCUUGUUAAAAGACUACCAGGAAUCUCAGACUGAAAGGACACCAUCUUCUCUUCAUCUGCCAGAAACAGAGAGAACCCUGGUCUUUCUUCAACAGGAGUGUUGUUUUUACCAAUCAACAUUUGUAUUUUCCUGCACAUGUUUGUUCGUUGUCAUUUUCUAGUGUACUGUAAAAGUUUUAUUUAUACCAUAUACUUCUCUUAUAAUGUAUUUAUUGAUGUGUUGAUGUUGCUGUAUUUAUGCAGAUAUUUAACUGCUUCGUCCACCCAAGAUGCACUGCCAGUUUGUAAAGAUUAUCUAUAAGGUCAUCAUUGUGUUUUUAUAUUUAAAUGUUAAAGCAUAUUUAUUGAUACAAAUUGAAGAUAAAGUAUUUAAAAAAUGUACAGUAAUUUUGGAGAAAUAGACAUUUCAAAGUAAGAUUCCUCUUGGUCUCAUAGGGAUACCUGAUUGCUGACUUUGAUAUAUCGGCACUCUGGUUACAGGCUGCUGAGAACACACACCACUGUGCUUGGUUGGUUGAUUGACUUAUUAAUUGAUUGAUUAAACAGCUCUGUGGUGUAUUCCACUUGGACCACU